CCGUUAAUACUCUGCCAGCUCUACUUCGACCCGAGAUCAGAGACUCGAUCCAACUUUCCUCACGGAAUAAACAGCCGCUGCUCCAUCGAGACCACUUUUUCCGCGCUUUUCUCUCAGAGGGGCUUCAAAGAUGGCAAACACGGCCGUGCAGCUGCUCGCUUAUGUCCUCUGCUAUGCUGGACUGUGUGGUCUGAUCGCGUCCACCUGCAUGACCGAGUGGAAGAUCAUUGCGCGCGCUAACGGGGACACGGCGCCGCAGGUGGAGCGCGUGGGUUUAUGGAUGAGAUGCAGCACAGGCGCCGGGGCCUCGAUCACCUGCACGCCCUUCACCUCCAUCCUCCAUCAGUCGCGGGAGAUCAAUGUGAGCAGAGGGCUGAUGUUAAGCAGCAUCAUCUUCUGUGGUCUUGCUUUGCUGUUGACCAUUCCUGGGCUCAAAUGCACCACGUGUUUAGAUGGAAGCGAGCAGAUGAAGAGCAAACCGGCCAUUGUUGGUGGUGGCUUGUCCAUUAUUGGUGGUCUUUGCGCCUUUGGAUUAAUCUGUUGGUACGCUUAUGAAGUUGCCCAAGAGUUUCAGAGCACCAGUCUGAUCAAGUAUGAGUUUGGACAGGCUCUGUUUGUCGGAGGAGCUGCGGCUUUGCUCUCCAUCAUCGGAGGUGCUCUCCUGUGCGCUAGCAGUAAACCACCGAAGCACCUCAGGUCAUAUCCAGAGAAGCCAUCCGUCUCCCAGACUCAGUCCACAGAGUACGUCUGAAGAUAUCUGCAGCCGCUGCGUCUGAGAUCUACCAGAGAUGUGAAUAUACUCGUCAGUGAGGCCAUGAGUUUACUUAGUUUACAAUGCUGAAGGUCAGAGUUGUGUUUGUCUUCCUUUUUUUGCUGUUUAAGACUGUACAAGUCACUGAUUACAGCCACGAAGUAAUGAAUGCCUUCUUUAUUUAAUAAAUCCUUACUAUAUGUGAAUCUAUAUAUAUAUAUGUAAAUCUAUAUGUAGAGUUUUAUAUAUAAACAGCUGCAGAAGUAAUGAAUGACGUUUUUUUUCACUAAUUUUAUGUAUGUGUUUAUUAUAUAAACUGGUCUGUUUCGUAAUACUGCUGUUUUUCAUAUAUUUAAUGUGAAUG